GAUAAUUUGAGAUGUAAUAAUGCAAUGUCGAUGUUUCCAGUCUUGGGGAUGAAUGUAGAACAAAAGGAAGAAACUUAUAGAAAGAAAAAAAAUGAUUAUGUGUUCGGCGUUCUUUCAAGUAUUAUCUUUGUUAACACUAUUAAACAUCGGUGUUUCUAUAGAAGAUCCAUGUGACAGAAGUUCUCAUGUCCUCUUUCCACAGAAUAACUUUGGCGCCAGAAACGAAAAAUGCCAAUCAAACGGAGAAUCGACAUGUGAUAUGUAUUUUAAAUCUAACUGGUACAUUGUUAAAAACGCUACAGUUCUCAACCAUUGUCCAAAAUUGGGUUACUGCGGGGUUACAUAUCCGGCAUGGGUAAACGGUACUUUCCCAACUCGUGAAGAUGGAAUUGUCAACCGUACUGCAUGUAUUAAGUUUGGAAGUAUAUGCUGCAACGAAAGCAAGACAAUACAGAUAAAAAACUGCUCAACAUUUCUCGUGUAUUACUUUGUUCCUCUCACAACAUGUCCUAUGGCAUAUUGCUUUGAAUCUGAUUUACCUUGCGAACCGCCAACGACAACACCCGUACCAGGUGUUUCAGGGGUAUCUAAAACUACAACGUUACAGUCAACAGAUGGUAACAAAGACAGAUUUACAACAACUGCAAAUGUCUCAGGACACACCGGAGAGAUUCUACCUGAAAGAAAAUCAAACUCAAAGGAAAUUGUAAUUGGUGUAAGCGUCGGGUUGGUAGGACUCCUACUCUGUGUCGGUAUUGUCAUCAUUGUGUUCAUGGUCAUGACGGGAAAAUUCAAAGCAAAUAGAUCCGCACCAAGUUUGUCAGUGAAGCAACAACAAGGAGAACACAUUCAUGACUAUAUAAAUUCUCCGCCACCUUAUCACCUGCCACAAAAAAAGCUUGAGAUGGGAAUCUAAUCAUAUUGCCAUUAUAAAAAAAUAACCCGUUUGUUUGGAAAAUGAUGUGUUAACAAAUUGUAUAAACUUUUGUAUGGCUUCUGAUAUUGGAAUUAAGCAACGUGGCAAUUUUGUAUAUAUUUUAUGGAGUAUAAACAGUUUACUUAAAAUAGGUUGUAGCAUUAUUUGACAUUUUUUUAAAUAUUCAUGUUUAAAAGUAAAUUAAAAAAACGCCGGAACAUUCCAUGUGUAUUGCUGUUUACUUCAUAAAAUUACAAGAGUUAACUUAGGCCUAAAAGCUGCACGUGUACCCGCUUUAUUCAUCUUUUUAUUGUUAAAUAACUAACAGAAUUAUGACCGAUGAAUCAGUCAAAUUUGAGAUGUUCUUUUCAGAAUAAUUUUUGUGCUCACAAACUCCUUACAAACCACUCAUAAAAGCAAAUAAAAAAACCGAAAAAAAAUGACUUCGUCAGGUUAUAUGGCCUUACAUAAACAAUUGUUGAUAUACUAUAUAAUUUGAGCCGCCGAGUCGUGACAAAAAUUCUAUUGGAAACAAUCGUUUAUGAUAUAAUGCGGCUAUAUCACCUGUCAAAUUCUCUGCGACUAUUUUAUGAUAAGCAAGCUUACUUUACAAAUUGAGAGCAGCCAUUAGAGCGUUAGUACGAUCAUAUAAAAGACAUGAUUAUCCAAUGAAAAGCGACGUGAAAAAAGUGCAGGAAUUUGAAUACGGGAAUUAGAAAUUCACUCUUAGUAGUAAUUCUGAUAAAUUGUUAUUUGUGAUACACAUUACCCUUUUAGCAUUCAUUUACGUCUUUCUCAACUUUAAUUAUUAUACAUUACGGAUUGGUCAAUGAAAACCACUUUGAAAAUCUCGGCUAUUAUCAAUUAUAACCUGGAACUUAACACGAUGAGAAGUAGUUCUACAGAGGGUGUUAUCUUUGAUAAUGUAUAACGAAUAUAUAUAUUUAACAUCAAAGGGAAAAUAAAGUCCAUUUCGGUAAAACUAUGACUAAAAAUAUGUCAGGCAAUCAUUUUCAAUUUAAAAACGCUCAAUGACAAAUCCGAUUUGAUACCAACCGGUACACAUUUUGUACGUUCGAUUUCUACAACCAUAAUAAUAAGUUUUUAAUUAAUGUACUGUUACUUUAAUAUCUACGAAUGUGUGUGUUUACUGGAUAUAUUUAAUUCAACUUAGUCAACAGUCCCAUCAUUAAAUUACUAUUUGUUUACAGGUUUAGUCACUUAACCUACUAGAUCGUAUACCGUAUCCAUUCUUUGUAUUCAUACUAAUGUUGUUCUGAAGUCUGACGAAAAGGACCGAAAAGUUGCGAUUGUCAUAUUUCCAUCCCCGGGUUGAAUGUGAGGAAUAAUGGGGGCCUGGCUUUUACCUUUCUUUUUGGCACUAAACUUGGUAAAAAAAUGGAAAAUUGGUAAAAGAAAUGAUAAAGAUAAUGAAAAUAGUAUUCACC